AUGUACGCCAACGGUCAGACUUUCGGCAACGGCGAGCCAGAAUAUUACGAACAACAAUAUAUCAAUACCAGGACAGAAUGCGAAUCUCUUCAAAAUCGAAUUGUGAAUAUGGCAAGAUUGUUGGGAGAUUGUCGAGAUUUGAUUUCUCAAAGUCUGAAGGAACGAAAGAUUUUGUUAGAGAGAAUAAAUUAUUUAGAAAGCAGGUACAAACCAGAAACAAACGAGCCUGACGAGACGGACAAAAGUCUCAAGAAGCAAGAGUACGAGUCACGUUUGCAUUAUAAAAACGAAAAUUACAAGAAAAAAUUUUUAGAACAGCGAAAAAGGUUGAAAAAGUUGAAACACGACUUAGAGAUUGCUCGCCAACUAAACAAGCGUUUAUUUGAACAAUAUAUUAAGCUUUACCAAAAGUCAGAAUCAUUUCAUUCCAUAACUUCGGCACCUGUAGCGGUUGUGGUAGCACCGAAUUCAGCAAAAAAGAACAAAAAUUACUGUCAUGAAAAUGAGGAUUCGACUCGCUAUCGUACCGAUGACGUGACUGACAUGGAUGGGAAGACUCGACACGAGCGAGGAGCAGGUGGUGACUGCCAGAGCGAAAGUGAAUGCGACAACAAAGAAACCAACGACGAAGACGACGACGAUGACAACGAUCCUAUAGUUAUUCCCAAAUCAAUUAGAUUUGCAAUAUGGGAUAAAAAAAGAACAAAAUCAUUGUGCAAUGACAAGUCGUGCCAUUUUUCAUGUUCCAAGGUGUGUAGAGAAAAUAUUUCAAACAACUCGAAAAUGAAAUUAGCAAAGGAUAAUAUAAAAAAAACCAGUGUGGAGAAAAGUUUGAACGGCAAUGUCGAUGAAAACACUCUUGGCAAAAAGCAUAAUAGAAAUUAUCGGCACAAAACAGGUGAGCGAACGUCGACAAAUGGAGAGGACUCAUCUAUCCCAUCAAUAAUCUCGUCAGGCAGUUCAACUCGUUUAAAAGAAAUUAAAGUUGAAUAUGAUAAGAGAUGCAAAUAUAUUGAUCUAAAACAUGAGGCUGAUUCCUUUAAACAUUCUUUGAAAUAUUUCAACAGAGGCACAAAUGGUGCCAAUUUCAAAGCCGCACAAAACCGUUCGCACUCAAAAAUUUUAGAGGAAUUACAAUCUUUAAUAAACGGAGAAAAGGAGAAUUCAUGCAAAAAUAAAAGAUAUAUCAAUAGUGCAAAUCCACUUUAUAAUGAAAGAAACAAAAAACAUCAAACGUUGUCGAAACUUAAUGAACUGCUGAAAGAUUUGAAAAACAAAAAUGAUACAUCUCGCUUGGACGCAGAUGAAGACGACGAAGAUGCCAGCAACGAACAAGAGUUGCCUACAUCAUCAACAGCAUCACCUUCAAAUUCCUCGCAAGAAUCUUUCGAAGAAAAUAAAUCUCGUAUAAAAUUUUAUGAAAUUGGCAGUAACAAUUCAAACAACAUUGUACACAAGCGGCCCAAUGCUCACCGCCAUUGCAAGUACAACAAAAAUCAAGACAAUUUUCUUCGAAAAGUAACAAUCGAAAAAUCUCCCAUUGAAGUUUCGUACAGAAGACAAAACAAAUUUAAUCUAACAUGA